CAGAGUCACAAACGGUAACCUCUCACAUUAACAAUGAAUGCUAAGCAGUAGCUUCAUUCCUGGUGAGUCUGUCUGAGUCAAAGCUGACAAGGAAAGACAAGAAAAGUUAUUCACGUGUUGGAGCUGACCUCUUCAUGGCUGAUCACAUGUUACAGCUUGCUGUUGGUCUGUCUGUGGGUGUCCUGUUGCUGUUGCUGCUGCUGAUUCUGAUAGCGUGCUACCUAAGGAGGAGGAAAAAAGAGCAGAGGCAGUACGAAGAGCUGCUCUCUGCAGUGCCUUCAGUCCCGGCAUGCUCCGCUCCAGUGAUCCUGGUGUCUCAGGGCUCCUGGGCCACGCCCCGUGAGAUCGCAUUCACUCUGCCUCCUCGCUUCAUCACACAAAACCAUGGAGAUCAGAAAAAUAACGAGCAGGACAAGAAAGAGGAGGAGGAUAUGAAGAUGGAGCCCCAGCGGGACGUACUGGCUCAUCGUGGGUCGCUCUCAGUGAGGAGCUGGUACCCAGUGGGGACGGUUUUGGCUGGUCUCUACUCUGUACCUCCUCUAAACGAGGUGGUGGCCCCCCCUCCCGGCAUGGCCUCCCGCCUCUGCUUCUCCGUGGAGUAUCGACACAGCAGCGAACAGCUCAUGGUCUUCUUGCUCCGCCUCAGCAACCUCCCUCCACGUUUCCAUGGCAACGUCACGAUGGUGGAGCUCAGACUUCUCCCUGAUGACAGGCGGCCCCGUCAAGCCAAGGCCCGGGGCACGGGUCCAGACCCCGAGUUCACCGACUGCUUCAUUUUCCAGGUGUCAGCAUUGCGUGUGCUUCGCAGCACCCUGAGUGUGUGUGUGCUGAGUGUGGAGCAGGAUGGUAAACGCCAUGUGGUGGGCAGGGUGCUGUUUCCUCUGGAGGGGGAGUUCGGUCAGGCUGGCAGGGUGCUCUGGAGAGACCUUGAGACUGAGGAAGACCCACAGUGUUCAGAGCUGGGGGAUGUGCAGAUAUCUCUCAGCUACAGCACGCCCCUGCAGCGCCUUUCAGUGGUGGUUUUGAGAGCUCGAGGCAUACAGCUGCUCACAGACGCAGGUGUGUGUGUCCAGGUGAUCUUACAGAAGCACACUCAGGUGGUGAAGAUGAAGCGCAGCUGUGUGGUGAAAGGUGAAAAUGACCCCUACUUCAACUUCAAGACGACCUUUAAACUGCGACCUCAGCACCUGGACGAGGCCUGUGUGAGGUUUGAGCUGCAGCAGCCAAGCAGCGUCCGCUCAGAGCCUCCGAUCCCUCUGGGAGUGCUGGUGUUGGGUCCCUUCAUGUACUCCAGGGGUCCUCAGCUGCAGCACUGGAUAGACAUGGUCAACACGGCACAGGAGCCGGUCACACUGUGGCACGGACUGCGCAGACCCACUUAACGCUAAAAGCAUCCUCAUAUGAGUAAAAACGAAAUAAAAUAAGUAUGAAUCAAUCAUCUAUCAUUUGUUAAGACAAAUUUCUACAGGAAACUCUGGAAUACAUCAAAGGAGAAAAGCUGAGAAAAGCUCAUUGUUUCGUUUUUUGACCUGCAGCUUUGCUCUUUUCGUUCACUGCUCUCAAAGUGUUGUUUUCAGCUGCCGCUGUGCAACAUUUAGCAAAUGUAUUUUCAGGUGUUACCUUCUGUAGCUGAUAUUGAACAAAUCAGAACUCAAAGAGAAAACUGGACAUAAAUUCAUCAGAUCAGCACUAAGCCGAACAGUUUUUGCUGCCCACAAAUGGUAAAAAAUAAAUAAAUAAAUAAAUGAAUAAAUAUUUAGGCUCCUACAAGUUUCAGUAACAUUUUUUGUGCAAUUCUCUCAAGAUUCAUGUAUUACUUUAAAACAAAGGAAUAUGAAUUCUAAUGUGAGAAACUGUUAUGUAAUAUAACAAUUAGAUGAUAGGGUUUAAUAAAAAUGCUGUAAUAAGACUCAGAUUUUAAUAUAGAUCAUCUUAAAGUCUGUGUAGGAAAGUCUUAUUUAGCUUGUAAGGAUUUCAAAUGUAGAGAUAUUUUAAGUCUAAACCUCCAACAUGUGACAUAAGAGCAGUCAAACACAAAAUAUAGACUUUGAUAUAAACAUUCUCAUGUUCCUGCUUAUCACUCGUCUUUUAACCUCUAUAAUUUAUCUUCAGAUCCUUCUGAGUGAACUCCAGAGUGUGCCAUUGUCAAUCUUUAUAUCUUACUAGGGAAAUUCCACAUACAUAAAUGUAAAUUUCAAAACUCAUCCCCAUAAUUUAAUUUGUUUUUAAUUGAAACUGAAUAUUACUUAAACUCUCUUAAAUGAACUUCACAUAAAAAAGGUUUAUCAUUAAUUGAAAUUCAUCCAGAAAUUUUCAACAAAUGAGCUGUCACAGAUACAAUUUUCAAGCACAAAGCUAUUAUUAAGUCUGCCACAUCCCUUUUUUUUCUUCUUUAUUUAUUUACCCUUCCUAUUUUCAUUUUCGUUGUAUUUUUCGUUACUAUUAUUUGCCCUGUAUGUCUACUGUACAAACUGAACUGGAAUGACUGACUGUUCACUUUACAAUUUCAAAUAAAGUUCUGA